AUGAUAGAGGGAAUGAUGGAGAUCCUGCAAUAGUAACCCACACCCCAAUAAAAGAAAAAUGAGGUAGCGUGCACAGUUGCUCUUGUCUCAAACCUUGAAAAUCUUAACUAAUUUGCCUUAGUGUUCAUAGCUAAAAAGAGCAAAAAAAUUGAACUCAUUAUGCCAAUCACUAUUGAAUUUUAGUAAAGCAUUUUAGAUCGUAUUUAAACACAUUAGAAUAGCCCAGUGUAGAUAAUAUAAGCUUAAAUCCCUUCAACUGCUACCUUCAAAGUCAGAGUGUUAAGUAAUCAUGCUGGAGAAAAGAGAAAUCUCAUGGAAAGAAUCCAAAGCAUCAGAUAAUUUUUGCCACGUGAAUCUAACACAUUUGCUAUUUAGAAAACACAUGCUUGGUUGUGGCAUUACAGCACAUUAAUUCCUAAAAUUAUUUAGACAAAGCCAGUAGGCUAAGAAAAAGUAGAGGCAAUUGACAUUGCCUUGAAAAACCAAGAAUCUAAAGAAGAGAAACUGAAAGAGACAAUUGAUCAAAUUAAAUCAUCCAAUAAAUAUAUGUCGCAGAUAGCAAUGGAUAUAUUUUUCAAAUAGGAAUUCGAGAAAAGAUAAAGUUAAUAUAUGAUUGAACACGGUCUCAAAAUCUUUGUAGUAACUUGGAAUGUCAAUGGCUAGAAGCCACCAUGUGAUGAGGUUGAAGACAUUUUCACUGCUAGGAAUGUGUAUUUGGACUAGAGAUACUUAGAAAUCAAUGAGCUAGAUGAUAUCCCUGACUUGAUGGUCUUUAAUUUUCAAGAAAUUGUUCCUCUUAAUGCUAAAUCUAUGAUACUUAGUGGUCAGCUAUCAUAACCUUAACUUUGGGAGAAAUACCUAAUACAAGAAUACAAUACUUAUUUCUAAAAGAGAUUCGAAGGGAAAUUGCCAAUCCCAAAUAUCUAGUAUGUUGAUAAAAUAGCAUCACAUGGCUAGGUUGGUUUAUAUCAAGUGGUCUUAUUUAGAAAAGACAAGAUAAAUUUAAUCUCAGAAGUUCAAUUGGCAUAGGUUGGUACAGGUAUACUUGGAGUAGGAGGAAAUAAAGGAGCAAUUGGUUGUUCAAUUAAAAUUUGCGAGACUAAAAUAGCAGUCAUCAAUGCCCAUCUUGCAGCUUCACAAUCUAAAGUUCAGAGAAGAAAUUAGAAUGUUACUUAAAUUCUGAAGAGUUUGUAAUUUAUUGACAAGCAUAACGAUAAGCAAAACCUAUUUGAGCAUGACAUUUUACUCUGGUGUGGUGAUUUGAACUACAGAAUCAACAGUGAUAACUUUAAUGAGGUAGUUGAUAUGAUUCAGCAAAAUAAACUUUAUGAGCUUAGGAAUCUGGAUUAGUUAAAGCAAGAAAAAGCUGCUGGGAAUGUAUUCGGAGAAUUUGAAGAGGGAAAAAUCAAAUUUCCGCCUACUUAUAAGUUUAAAGUUGGAACAAACGACUAUGAUUCCGAUAAGGUGAGAAUUCCAUCUUGGUGUGAUCGUAUUCUUUACAGAGGAGAGACUUUGUACUAGUAGUUUUACACUUCUGUAGCCUCCCCUACUACAUCUGAUCACAAGCCAGUCUGCGCACUUUUCAAAGCUACUUACAAGGAGAUUGAUCCUGUCUAGUAAUAAAUUGUAGCCUAGACAAUCCUUGACUAUUUGAAGAACUUGAAAGACAAUUUCAUCCCUAAAAUGAAGCUCUCUACCACAGAAGUAGUAUUUGAGAAUGUAAGAUAUGGUGACACUUAGUUUGUUAUAAUGGAAGUAGAAAAUACUGGAGACGGUCUUUUAGAAUAUGAAAUAACAAAGUUGUAAGAGAGAGACAAUAUUAGUCUGAGAGGCUCAUAAACCGCUGAGAUGCUGAAGAAGAAAACUCAGCACUCUGCUUGGCUAAGUAUCAAUCCAUUAAGAGGCGUAGUAAAAGCUGGAGAGACUAAGUAAAUCACGUUUAGAAUAUAGAUAAAUCAACGAGAAGCCUAGUUGCUGUUUCUAGACAAAGAUCUAGAGGAAUUCAUUCAGAUUAAGACCAAUGAACCAGAUGUCCUUACUAAAAAUCAAGUUAUACAUGUCCAGUGCAAAUAUCUUUCAAGUUGUUUUGGAGCAGCACUGUCUAUUCUAAAUUAAUGCACUGGAAAAGACAAUCUCUCAAUCAGAGAUGAACUCUAACAAAUUAACUUUGAAGAUGUAUUCCUAUGCAUGUAAAGCAGAAGACUUAAUUAGUUUACUUUACCUUUACCCAAGGAACUUCACAGGUUGGCAACAUACAUCCUGCAAGAGGGCAAGCUCAAACCCAACAUAUUCCUGAAUUCAGGCAAUGCUGCUUAGGCUAAGAUAGUGAGGGAAAAGAUAGACACCAAUCAGGACUUGAAAGUAGAUGAUAAUGAUGAUCCUUAUACAGUAGCUAGUGUAAUGAUUGAUUUCUUAAGCACUCUGCUCACGCCAAUACUGCCUCAAAUACUAUACAGACUGCCGAAAGAUAACUCAAUGGCUUUCGUCUAUAUAGUCUCUUUCUUCAAGGAAAUGCUCAAUUAUUCAGACAAGAACAAACUGAACCCUGAAAAGAUCUGCGAGCUUCUCAGUGAGUGUCUAAUAGGAGAAGACAAGUUAAACUAAAGUACUAAAUUUAGAAGAGAGCAGUCAUUAGUCAGAGCAGCCCCUAAGAAAUCUCCAACUAAGACAGGAAGAGACUUAGAACAUCCAAGUAUAGUGAGGCCUAAUACAAUGGCCAUGCAUUCUGCAACUGGUGUUUAAAGGACAAAUACGAAAGAGUUUUAGGGUGGCACAUUUACUGCACAUCCACAAACACAGACCUAUAGUAAUUUGGAAGAGGAUGACGAACUUUUGGAAUUCAACAAUGACUUGCAAGGAGUAGAAGAGAACAAAGAUCCUAAAUUGUCGAUUGAAUAGGCUAAAUCUAAGCUCAGGUAUCAAGGAUUGCUAUUACAUUUAUUUUAAUGA